AUGGACUUCGUUCACAGAAACCUGUCUGAAGAUCUGAUCAACGAAACCUUGUCGGAUUCGAUCUGCAAAUUGGAUUGCGAGGAGUCGAACGAGUACUAUGGAGUUUGUCAAGUGCUAUGUCUCAAAGUCUGCCCUAACAUCUGCAGAGUUGGAAUCAUCGAUCUUUCUCCUCCGGCGCCUUUCCACGGCCACGGGAACUCCAAGAGAAUCUCGAUCAUAUCUGCUUCCGCUAUCGUCUCGGCCUUGCUCUUAGCUUGUUUCAUAGUCAUCUUCCUCAAGUCAAGAUCGAGAUCGAGAUCGAGAUCAAGAUCUUCAAGAUUUCGAGCUGGGUCGAACGGGGAGACACGAGGCGAUGAGUUUCUUGACGAAGAUCAUGGACCCAUGAUCGACCACCCGGUUUGGUAUAUUAGGACCGUUGGGUUGCAGCCGUCGGUCAUCAAUUCGAUCACGUUGUUUAAGUACAAGAAAGGGGAAGCUCCCCUCGUUGGAUCGGAUUGUUCUGUGUGUCUGAGCGAGUUUCGAGAAGACGAGACUCUUAGGUUGUUGCCAAAGUGUAGCCACGCUUUUCACGUCCAUUGCAUCGAUACCUGGCUUAGAUCACACGUGAACUGCCCUCUCUGUCGUGCCCCGAUACUCGUCGGCUCGGAGAACUCGUCCGUUGGGCAGAACCCGGGUGAGGUUCGAGUGGCGAUCUCCGACGAAAACGGAGAAGAAAGUGAGGGGAAUGAUCAAGAAAGUGAAGAUCAAGAUUGUGAAGAUGGUGUUAUUAUUACUAGUAAUAGUGUUGGAGCCGGGGAGGAUGAGAUGAAACGGGUGAAAAGAUCGGUGUCUCUCGAUUCUUUAUCGGCUCUAAGGAUCGGAAAAAAUGUCGUUUACGGAUCGAAAUCUAAUUCCGGAGAGCUAGGGAACGAAGAGAAGAUGAAGAGAUCGAUCUCUUGCAAUGGGAAGUUCUUGCUGCCAAGACAUGUAUAG